AUGGCGGAACAUGAAUCCGAUGCUUCACGGCUCCAUGCUGAUGUUAAUGAACAAAGACGUCUCUCUGGAAUGACCGAGAAGAUCACCGACGAGAAGAACAUCAAUGCAGUCACCGACAGCGAGAAAGACGACCACGUCGAGACUCCGGUUGGCGGCAAGCCCAGUGACUACGAGAAGUCGACCCUCCGCCAUGUCGGAGAGUCUCUCCCGUACUCCAUCUUCCUCGUGGCAACCAUCGAGCUUUGUGAGCGAUUCACCUACUAUGGCUGCCAAGGUAUCUUCCAAAACUACGUCCAGAAGCCUCUCGAUGGUUCGCUCGGCAACGGAGGUCUUGGUCUCGGUCACCAGGGUGCUACUGGCUUGACGACAUUCUACUCGUUCUGGUGCUACGUGACACCGCUACUUGGUGGUCUGAUUGCUGAUCAGUACUUGGGAAAGUACAAGACUAUCCUGAUGUUUGCUUGCAUCUACUUCGUCGGCCUUGUCAUCCUGGUUGCUACCUCGGUGCCGAACUCACUCAACCAUGGUGCUGGCCUCGGUGGAUUCAUCACUUCAAUCCUCCUGACAGGUCUGGGUACGGGUGGCAUCAAAGCCAAUGUCGCGCCACUCAUCGCCGAGCAGUACACACGCAGAACCAUGGAAGUCGCCGUGACCAAGAAAGGUGAACGUGUGGUCAUCGAUCCGUAUGUCACAAUCCAGCGCAUCUACAUGAUCUUCUACUGGAGCAUCAACAUCGGAGCCCUUUCCCUGCUUGCCACGCCUUACAUGGAGCGGGAUAUCGGCUUCUGGAGUGCUUUCACACUUUGUAUCUGCAUGUUCGCUGUUGGCAUCACGAUCCUCGUCCUGGGCCGGAAGAUGUAUGUCGAUCGACCACCUCAAGGCAGCAUUGUCACCGAUGCCUUUAAAGCCAUCUUCUUGAUGCUCCGCUACCGCUCGAUGGACGCACCCAAGCAGUCCUUCCUCCUGGAGCGUGGCUCAAACAAGACCGUCACCUGGGACGACCUCUUCGUCGAGGAACUAAAGCGUGCUCUCACCGCCUGCAAGGUCUUCACACUCUACCCCAUCUACUGGCUCGUCUACAACCAAUUCUCCGGCAACUUUGUAUCCCAAGCCCUGCAGAUGGAAGGCCACGGCAUCCCGAACGACCUGAUGCAGAACUUUGACCCCAUCGCCAUCAUCGUCUUCGUCCCCAUUCUCGAUCGUCUCGUCUACCCAGCUCUUCGCAAGGCCCACAUCCCAUUCAAGCCAAUCAGCCGCAUCACAUGCGGCUUUAUCGUCGCCAGUAUGGCAAUGGUUUAUGCCGCCGUGCUGCAGCAUUUCAUCUACAAUGCUGGGCCCUGCUACAAGGCCCCGCUCUGUGACGCCAGCAUCAACGCUGACGGAGUGGCACAAGGCAACCACAUCCACAUCGCCAUCCAGACGCCCGCGUACAUGCUCAUCGGCAUCAGCGAGAUCUUUGCGUCCGCAACAGGCUACGAGUAUGCGUACACCAAGGCGCCUCCGAGGAUGAAAUCAUUCGUGCAGUCCGUCUUCUUGCUCACCAACGCCUUCGGGUCUGCUUUGGGCGAGGCAUUCGUGCCGGUCGCGAAGGACCCAGAGAUCUUGUGGAUGUACACUGGCCUGGCGGUUGGCACAUUCAUCUGUGGCAUCAUCAUUUGGGUUGUGUUCCAUGGCUUGAAUGCCAAGGAGGACGAGAUGAACUACAUCGAGGAUGAUGUGCUGCCUCAUGACGAGAAGAGGAGAGCGAGUCGAGCAAGUCACAUCACGGCUUGA